AUGGCUAUAUUCAAAACCAAGCAGUCCGCGCCUUCCGCUGUCGCGACUAGUAUUCAACAGUCCGGUCAGGUCGAGCCAGCAAGCGCAAAUGAUCCGGAAAAGACUGGAGUUUUGCAAGAUGAGACCCAAGGCCAACGGACGGCCGAGUACGCUGCCGAGAUUGAAAGGCGAGUUGUGCGAAAACUCGACCUACACGUCACGCCGAUUGUGACCUUUUUAUUCUUGCUGUCAUACCUGGACAGAUCCAAUAUCGGCAAUGCGCGAAUCGCCGGAAUGGAGGAGGACCUCUCCUUGACCGGUGACCGAUAUGACUGGUUGUUGACCAUCUUCUACAUCUCCUAUUGCACGUUUCAAUUCCAGGCUUUUAUGUGGAAGAUCCUGAAGCCGCAUACAUGGGCAUGUCUGAUUACUCUUGCUUGGGGCAUUAUUGCAACGUGCCAAGCAGCGACACAAUCAUGGGGAGGAGAGAUGGCAUUGCGUUUUCUGCUUGGUGCUGCUGAGGCAGGAUUUGGCCCUUCGGUCCCUUAUCUUCUGUCGUUUUUCUAUAUUCGCUCCGAACAUGGCUUUCGAAGCGGUAUUUUCCUUGCGGCAGCACCAUUUGCGAGUAUGUUUGCUGGCGCCCUUGCGUACGGUAUAACCAGCGGCCACUCCAAACUCGCCAACUGGAGACUCUUGUUCUUGGUGGAAGGCAUCCCAACCAUCUUGGCCGCCCCUAUUGCCUGGUUCUUCCUUCCCGACAGUCCAGAGACGGCCAAGUUUCUGACAGCAGAAGAGAAACAAGUGGCGAAAGCAAGGGUGGUCCGACAACAUGGUGACCAGGAAGAAGGUCGCAGGGUCAACUUCAAGGAGAUUGGGAUGACUCUUCUUGAUGCAAAAGCGUGGUUCACAGCGCUGAUGUACUUCUCAUGCAACGUCUCGUACUCCUCCCUUCCAGUGUUUUUGCCCACCAUUCUGAACGAGAUGGGCUUCUCUUCGAUCAACGCUCAAGGACUUUCGGCGCCGCCCUAUUUUGUCUCGACGAUUGUCACGAUUGCCACUUGUUACAUCGCUGAUCGCACUCGACAACGCGGAUUGAUGAUUACGUUUUUGAGUGUGGUUGGAGGCACAGGUUAUAUUCUGCUGGCCACCUGCAAGCCUGUAGCUCCGAGGUAUUUUGGAACUUUCCUCUGCGCCAGCGGCGUUUUCCCUGCCAUUGCAAACAUCUUGCCAUGGGUGGUCAACAAUCAAGGAAGCGAUACCCGGCGAGGCAUGGGCAUCAUGUUGCUCAAUCUCGUCGGUCAGACCGGCCCUUUCCUCGGCACAAGAAUCUUUCCCAAAACCGAAGGGCCACGAUACGUCAAGGGUCAGAGUAUCUGCGCCGGCUUUAUGUUCUUCAAUGCGUUCCUGGCGCUCAGUUUGAGAACGUUACUGGUUUGGGAGAACAAGAAACUUGACAAGAAGUAUGGCAAGGCGGACGAGGUACAAGCUGCUGCGGCCCGAGACGGCAAGACCGGCGUCAAUAAUACCGGAGAGGAAAACUACGGCGCUUCCUACAGGUAUAUCUUGUAG